AUGCCUAUUGAUAUCGUCUCCACCGCCGUGUUUGACGGUCCCCAGGCCAUUCCUGGAUGGAACUACUUGACCACUUACGGCCCAGCGGUUGCUGUGGCUGCUGCUACAAAAUACUACUUCUCUGGUGCCUCCAACACGUUCAAGAGAGAAUUGCAUGGAAAUGUCUACAUCAUCACAGGCGGUACUUCGGGCCUCGGAGCAGAGCUCGCGUACGAGCUAGCCAACAAAGGAGCCCAGCUUAUUUUGUUGUCCAGAUCCACAGAUGAUGCCUGGACGGUCGAGUUCAUUGAGGAUCUCAGAGACAAGACCAACAACUUCAUGAUCUACGCCGAGCACUGUGACUUGAACUCGCUUCACCUGGUUCGUCUUUUCGCCACAAAAUGGCUUGACAAUCAGCCACCCCGCCGUUUGGACGGUGUCAUCUGCUGUGCUGCUGACUGUGUUCCUAGAGGAAGAGACAGACAGGUUUCCGUAGACGGCGUCGAGACCCAGCUUGCCGUGAACUACUUGGCACACUACCAUUUGCUUACGCUUCUUAAGCCUUCUCUCCAUGUUCAGCCGCCAGAUCGUGACGUGAGAGUCGUUUUAACUACAUGUACCUCCCAGGCAGCAGGUCUGGUAGAUAAAGAUGAUCUCCUUUGGGAUUUCCGCCAGUACCCGGUAAAUUCGCCUUGGAAGGUGUUUGGAACGUCCAAGCUUCUAUUGGGAAUGUUAGGCCGUUCGUUCCAGCGCCAGUUGAACAGCUACGAUAGAAAAGACAAAGCGCCCUGUAAUGUCAAGGUGAGCAUUGUGAACCCGGGCAUCAUGAGGUCGCCAUCGACCCGCCGUUUCAUCUCCAUGGGCACGAUCUGGGGGUUGUUCUUGUACGUCCUUUUGUUCCCUAUUUGGUACAUUUUCUUCAAGGAUACCGUCCAGGGCGUGCAGUCGCUUCUUUUUGCCAUUUACGCUCCUAUGUUGGGCGCCCAGGAUGGCGGAAAUAUCAUUCAGGAGUGCAAGAUUUUGACCAAGACUAGGCCUGAAUUGACGGACGAGGUGUUGCAGGAUGAAGUGUUUGCAAAGACCGCCGAGCACAUUCAACAAUUGGAGAAGCUGUCUGCCAUUGAGAGGAAGAAGCAGGAGAAGAAGCUCGGAAUUGACAAGAAGAAAGCCGAGGCCGAGCAGAAGAAGAAAGAGGAUGCCCACGAGAAGCCGCAGACGGAGGAGGAGUUGCAGUACAAGUUGGAUGCUAUCCGUAAGAGCAUGGGCAUUCUGUCGCAGCUGGGUGAAAUGCCGCUUUUCCCUGAGGAGGGUGUAGAUGCAGCAAAGAAGAACUAUGCUCCUAAGUCUACUGGAAGCAAGCCAAAGGGCAAGGCCAGAAAGAGAUGA